UUUAUUCUCUUUUCGGUGGUGUUGUGAAGUGGUUGUAUUUUAUUUUUUGGCUAAAGAAAGAAAAAAAACUGGAAUCAAUAAUUCGCAAUUUGAGUAUUAUUUGUCAUACAUAUAUAUAUUUGCAAAAUAAAUAUUAGUUUUAGUUAAAUAAAAGAAUUUUCCAUACAAAAACAAAAGUAUUCGAGUGUUGCUUAAAGAAGAAAAAAACAAUUGUAAUUGAAUAAAUACAUACGGUACGUCACUGAAAAACUUAAAGAAAACUUUUAACCAACAUGUCGGAACAAGAACAGCAAGAAACUAAUGGAACUUCUAAUGGCGACGUGCCAGAAAUUGAAUUGAUUAUUAAGGCCUCAACAAUCGAUGGACGCCGCAAAGGAGCUUGUCUUUUCUGCCAAGAAUACUUUAUGGAUUUAUAUUUAUUGGCCGAAUUGAAAACAAUUAGUCUUAAGGUGACGACAGUUGAUAUGCAGAAACCACCACCAGAUUUUCGCACAAACUUUGAGGCAACACAUCCGCCAAUUCUAAUUGACAACGGUUUGGCCAUACUUGAAAAUGACAAAAUCGAAAGGCAUAUAAUGAAAAAUAUCCCCGGUGGAUAUAAUCUCUUUGUACAGGACAAAGAAGUGGCCACCUUAAUUGAGAAUUUGUAUGUUAAACUCAAGCUGAUGUUGGUGAAGAAGGACGAAGCUAAAAAUAAUAAUUUGAUGGCACAUUUGAAGAAAAUCAACGAUCAUUUGGCCUAUCGUAAUACACGUUUUCUAACUGGUGACACAAUGUGUUGUUUCGAUUGUGAAUUGAUGCCCCGUUUACAGCAUAUAAGGGUGGCUGGCAAAUAUUUUGUAGAUUUUGAAAUUCCUACACACUUUACGGCUCUGUGGCGAUACAUGUAUCAUAUGUAUCAAUUAGAUGCGUUCACUCAGUCCUGCCCCGCUGAUCAGGAUAUUAUUAAUCACUACAAAUUGCAACAGAUGCUGAAAAUGAAAAAGCAUGAAGAGCUGGAGACACCCACCUUCACCACAUCCAUUCCAAUUGAUAUUUCGGAAUAAGAUUGCUGCGUUGUUAGCCUUUAGCCUGGCUACACAUUUUGCAUACUUAUUUGUUUUUUGGUUUAUUUUUUUAUUUUUUUUAAAACCCCACCCACUUUUUGAGUAGUGCAAACUUUAAUUUACAUAUUGAUAAAAAUAUAUAUUUUUUUUCGGUUUCAUUUAUGUAUAAUUUAAUAUUUUAGCGACCUUAAUUUUGUUUAUAUUACUCUUUUUUUUGUUGAUGAUGAUUUAAAUGUAUUGCGUUGAUUUCUUAUUAAAUCUAAUGUUCCUUCUUUUUAACACAGCUCAUUGCUAUAUAUAUAACCAUGGCGGCCGACUUUUAAGUACAUAAUUACUUAUCCAUUUUUGGUUUUUAUUUGUAUUAUGCCGCCACUCUAAAAAUAAUGUUUACUUUGCGAGAACAUGACUACUAUAUAAAUAAAUUCUUAAAUUAAAGCUUUUUAUGGCUAUAACUUUAUGUGACCAAGCAAAUAGCAAACCAACAACAAAACAACCCAACCAACCUUGUACUAACAAAAAGUGUGUUUUUAUAACAUUAUUAUUAUUUUAUAAAAACUUAUUAAAAUAUACAUAUUUGCAUAUAAUAUUUUUUGUAUAUACACAUACAAUCACAAAAACAAAAUGUAAUAAUAAAGUAUUUCUUAUAUUUGAUACUAUUAAAA